UUUCUCCUGUGGUUGGCAAUGCCCAGGCGUUUACAUUGUAUCAUAGAUAUCCAGUAUCUAUUAUUGUAUCACUACACAUAAAUCGCUAGCUACACGGUAUCAAUCUUUACCUACUUGAAAUGAGGUUACGUCUGUCAAUCAAGCACUCCUGUUCAUGACAACAGUCAAUAAGCAGCAGUACCCUGAAGCUAUGGCGGACGAUUUGGACGAAUUGCUAGAUGAGGUUGAAACAAAGUUCUGUCGCAAUGUUUCGUUGACGCCACAACUUCAAGCUCCCUCAGGUUUAUCGACGGCUGGGAAAUGUUUAACGCAAACUGGGAAAGAGAGAAAACACCGCACCACUGACGAUACACCCAGUAAAACGGACAGCGAAGAUAUAGAUGCCCUUCUUGAGGACAUACUUGACGAUGACUUCGAUUCCCUUGAGCUAAACACUGGACAGCUUCCUAAAACGACAAAGACGAAGUCAUUGCCACAGGCAACAAGAAAGUGCUGCCCAGUUUUCCUUGGUGGAAGCUCGAUUGCAAAUGGUGUAGGAACAGCUGUUUCACAAAGGUCGUGUGAUCAGCUGAGAUGUAUCUCCUGUGACUUUCGGGUGGCCAUGUUUGACGAUCAUGAAUGGGACCCCUCUUGUGAUUACCUCUUCUUCAGGAACAACAUGCCAGACUGUCAGAAGCUGCGGGCCAAGCUGAGGAGAAGAAAAGGGACGCGGGCGUACGCCUGCCAGUGUAGCUGGCACUCUGCUCGAGACCUCACUGACCUGAGAGAACAGCACCAGCUCAAGUGGGUCUGCGGGAAGCAUGAAGUAUGACAGCCUUCUCGCUAUCUCACACACACACACACAUCACUUUGCAGUUACUUGAAAAUCAAUGUCCUCUUGUUAUAGACAUCCCAACACACAUUUUUCUGCCUUGAGAAUGAUGUAGGUCUUUCUCUGCAUUACAUUUAGUGUGUUCUGGGUUUAAAGGUAAAUGAACAAGGUAGGUCUUCUGCUAUCUUUAGAGAUGUGAUUUUAGCUAGCUCAGUUUUAAGAGCAGGUACAGUAUAUGCCAGACCAUACUUGUCUUGUCAUAUUUCAUAUACAAUGCUGUUACAUGCUUUUCUGUAGCCUUUCCUUCUCUGUCUUAGUUUCUAAUUCCCCUGUCCUUUUGUUUAUUUCCUCUUCUGUCCCUUUGAGUGAAAUGCAUUCUGUUUUAAGGGAUUUCUGAUCUUACCAUUCAUGUAUUGUGUAUAACAUGAAGGUGAAGUUAGUGUGAAGUUAAAUGACGCAAACCUUUCCUGAUGCAUCUGUGUUAGACAUUUAGACAAACAUUAAACAUAAAAGCAUUACUUCACUCUGGCAGUCUAGUAGUUGAUACUUUAUAAAUGAAUCAUAAUCAAAUGAAGUAGUCUGUGGAUAGUUUAUUAUAUAUCUACUAAUUCAUUCAUCAUUAGGGAACUCCCCCCCAAAAAAUAAGCUUAACUUCCAAAGACAUUGAUUUGUUGUGAUAGCCCGGUCAGAAGUAGAUAUUUUGGAUUGCAAAACGUGCUCAUAUUAUGUACAAAACAUCUGCAUAUGCGUUUAUACACUAGGCUAUUCACAUCAAGUCAUAGUUGAAUUAAUGUUGUAUGCACUUCAUUUUUGUUGCUUUUCUCCUUGAUAAUAUUAACGCAAUUGAAUUUCAAGUUAAAAAAGUUUGAUUGACUGUGCUUUGUGUGGCUCAGGUCACCGUAUGAAUCAAUAUCAGUGACAGUGCUGUUUGUUCACAAUGCUGGUCAAUCUGUGCAGUGGAGAAGCGAAGGGGGUUAAGACCGUUGGGCCAGUAACCGAAAGGUCGCUGGUUUGAAUCCCCACGCUAACUAGGUGAAAAUAAAUCUGUCUGUGCCCUUGAGCAAGGCAAUUAAACUUAAUUGCUCCUGUAUGUCUUUCUGGAUAAUAGCAUCUGCUAAAAUGUAAAUGACUCUGUUUUAUAGUUCUCACUUCACUGCUAUGUUUGAUGAAAUGCUAGUAAUUUGUUAUGUCAUCGUAGUCACUGUCAGAAAGAGACUGGUCCGGGUCUUCUUUCACGGUAACAUCACCAAUCCCCUCUUCAUCUUGGACUUCUAUGUUCUCAUAAAGCUCAGAGGAAGAUGAGCUGCUUGAAUCAUCUGUAUAAAAGACUCACAUUACCAUUUACAUACAUCCACAAUAGGCUACAUGUUUUAAGCAAUUUGCAUCUACAAUGCCUUCAGAAAGUAUUUACACCAAUUGACUUUUUCCAUAUUUUGUUGUUA